CCCCUUUCGCUUCCAGCAGGCUUUGCGCGCGGGAAUAUGGCGGCGUCCAGGUGGAGGUCUUGAGGAAACUAAGUCGGGAUGGCGUUGGCGUCGGGGCCCGCGAGGCGUGCACUGGCUCGCCCUGGGCCGCUCGGUCUUGGGGGCUGCGGGACCCCGACACGCGGGGCGUACGAGUGGGGCGUGCGCUCCACGCGGAAGCCCGAGCCUCCUCCCCUGGACAGGGUGUACGAGAUCCCUGGACUGGAGCCCAUCACCUACGCUGGGAAGAUGCACUUCAUGCCCGGGCUGGCGCGGCCGGUCUUCCCACCCUGGGACCCUGGUUGGACGCACCCAAAGUUCCGCCGCCCAACCCCGAUUCACGAGCAGCCGCUGUACAAGGAUCGGGCCUGCUACGUCUUCCACCACCGUUGCCGCCUCCUCGAGGGUGUAAAGCAGGCCCUGUGGCUAACCAAGGCCAAAUUAAUAGAAGGCCUUCCCAAGAAAGUGCUUAGCCUUGUUGACGAUCCAAAGAACCACAUAGAGAACCAAGAUGAACGCAUUCUGAAUGUGAUCUUUCACGCCCGUCUUUGGCACUCCACUGAAGACACCCCCAAGAGAGAGACCUACUGCCCAGUCAUUGUGGACAGUCUGAUACAGCUGUGUAAAUCCCAGAUUCUCAAGCAUCCCUCUCUGGCCAGGCGGAUCUGUGCCAAAAACUACACGUUAUCCACCACCUGGAAUCGAGAGUCUUUUCUCCUUCAGGUCCGUGGUUCUAGCGGAGCCCGACUGAAUACCAAGGAUCCGCUUCCCGCCAUCGCCUCCAAGGAGGAGGUUGAAGCUACUAAGAAUCAUGUUCUUGAGACUUUCUAUCCCAUAUCACCCACUAUUGAUCUUCAGGAAUGCAGUGUUUAUGAUGUGAAAGACAACACAGGAUUCCAGGAGGGCUAUCCUUACCCCUAUCCCCACACCUUAUAUUUCCUGGAGACAGCCAGUUUACGACCACACCGCCUUCAACCAGAUCACCUGCGGGCCAAGAUGAUCCUGUUUGCCUUUGGCAAUGCCCUGGCUCAGGCCCGGCGCCUCUAUGGGAGUGACACUAAAGUUUUGGAGCAGCCGGUAGUUGUGCAGAGCGUGGGCACCGAUGGACGUGUCUUCCAGUUCCUGGUGUUACAGCUGAACACCACAGACCUGGCCUCUAACGAGGGCGUCAAGAAUCUGGUCUGGGUGGACUCAGAUCAGCUCCUCUAUCAGCAUUUUUGGUGUCGCCCAGUGAUCAAAAAGAAGGUGGUGGUGGAACCUGUUGGGCCGACUGGUUUCCAGCCAGAGACAUUCAGGAAGUUUUUAGCUCUGUAUUUGCAUGGUGCCGUGUGAGCCAAGGACCGCUCUGAGUCUGAAGCCCCCUUGCCCCUCCCGUGGAAGAUCCUGCAUCCAGGGCAGUGACUGCCCGGAGCCUGAGUGCUCCCUCGUCCCCUGGUCUGGAUGCCAAUAAAGAGCCCUUGAGAGGCACUGGAGCCUG